GAGAGACAGACUGAGGAAAAGGGAGAGAGAAACUGGGACUUUUUAGAGAAGCGGCGGCGGCAGGAACGAGUGGCAGCAGGCAGCGUGGAGAGCUAGUGUAAAAGCCCCGCACUCAAGGGAGACUCGCUGUAAGGCUUUGAUCAGCCCCAGAAGAGUUAGCACAAGCUUCUCUCCCUCCCUCUCUCUUUCUCUCCCCCCCCCCAGGAGGGGGAGGAAGGGGGGUUCCGAGAUCCUCUGUGUAUUAAGGUGCAGCCUGCCCUACCGCUUGCAGGAAGAUGCGAACUCAGGGCAGCGGUAGAGCCCCGGAGGAGCCGCUGCAACUACCUGUGUGGCCCCAACAGUGGCUGCUGAGACCUGAGCCUCGAACCUCAGCCACCAUCACCACCAUGUGAACGCUUCGAGUCCGAUCUAAUUAGCUUUACACAGACAAUGAUUCCAAAGACUAUGAAAUAAUUGCCACUGGCCAAGAAGAAAGCUCACUGGGGGCAUUAUUACAAUUCUGAAAGGGUGCAAGAAACCCUCCUGCUGGCUGGUCCAUCUGUAAAAAUAAAACUCUGAACACAGUGUUCCAGUAGCAGCAAAAGGCUGAUUUGCACACUGGGAACCAGGACGACAGCUACAGCAUUUGCAACGCCACUGAAGGAACCCGGGAAGAAGGAAAGCGGUGACAUCAUGGAUAAGGAUAGCAUGACCCUGGCUGAUCAGCAAUAUGAAUGUGUAGCUGAGAUUGGCGAAGGAGCCUAUGGGAAGGUGUUCAAGGCCCGGGACUUGAAGAACGGAGGACGCUUUGUAGCACUGAAGAGAGUGCGGGUGCAGACAAAUGAGGAGGGAAUGCCACUUUCCACCAUACGUGAGGUGGCUGUAUUGAAGCAUCUGGAAACGUUUGAGCAUCCCAACGUGGUCAGGUUAUUUGAUGUAUGCACAGUAUCCCGAACAGAACGAGAGACGAAAUUAACACUGGUGUUUGAACAUAUUGAUCAAGACUUGACCACUUACUUGAAUAAAGUUCCAGAUCCUGGUGUCCCUAGCGAAACUAUAAAGGACAUGAUGUUUCAGCUGCUACGAGGGCUUGAUUUUCUGCAUUCACACAGAGUGGUCCACCGUGAUCUGAAACCACAGAAUAUUCUAGUAACCAGCAGUGGGCAGAUAAAAUUAGCUGACUUCGGCCUUGCACGGAUCUACAGUUUUCAAAUGGCUCUUACCUCUGUGGUUGUCACACUAUGGUACAGAGCUCCUGAAGUUUUGCUUCAAUCCAGUUAUGCAACACCAGUUGAUCUUUGGAGUGUUGGCUGUAUAUUUGCAGAAAUGUUCCGUCGAAAGGCACUUUUUCGUGGAAACUCAGAUGUUGAUCAGCUAGGAAAAAUAUUUGAUGUGAUCGGACUUCCUGAAGAAGAAGAUUGGCCUAGCGAUGUUGCCCUUCCAAGGAAUGCUUUCACUCUUCGAAAACCACAGCCCAUUGAACUUUUUGUAACGGAUAUUGACGAACUAGGCAAAGGCCUGCUACUGAAAUGCUUGACAUUCAAUCCUAUAAAGAGGAUAUCAGCUUAUGAUGCCUUAUCUCACCCUUAUUUUCAUGAUUUGGAGAAAUGCAAGGAGAAUACGGAUUCUGACAUGUCAUCCAGUCAAAAUUCCACUGAGAUGAAUACGCCAUAAGGCUACAUCGGGCUUAAACUGCAAAUGAACAAAACAGAGAGCUUGAUAAGGUCGCCGUCGAGGGAAAAAAUCCAUAGCUGUUCGACUGAAGAGUAUUCUGUGGAGACUUCACAUAUUGUCUAUAUGCUUCUUCAAGAUGUUGAUCUCUUUCUCCAAGGAAAAGAACAUAGUUACCUUCAUCACAGCAAUGCAAGAAGCAAGGCUUCCAGUGACCCCGCUGUGGCUUGAUGUUGUUUAGUUUAUCUGGAGAGAUCCAGAUGAAGAGAAGCUGCUCACCAGUUUUGCUGCCAUUUCCUUCUUCUAAUGUUGAAUGGUGCCAUCGUGGAUUAGAGUAAUCCAGUCUCACUACCAAAACAUGACUUAACUUCUGUCUCUAGGUGCUGAAGUCUGAUUUGGUACUCCUUUGGAGUUAUGGUGAUAGUUUGCCUGUUUAUUUGCGUAAUCAUGAUUUCAGGGGGGCGGGGAAGAUAUUCUUACAGCAAUAUUUAAAUGAAUGACAUUGAAAUACUGAACCUUUAUAGCCUCCAGUUAAGAGAAAUGUGUACCAACACAUCUGGCUAUUGUAAUCAUACAGGAAUGUCCUUCCCCAAUAGGAAACAUGAGAUGAUAAUUACAGCAUUUCAUUUCUUGUCAUAAUAACUUAUGUCUUUGACUUAAUGCACAAGGGUAUUAUCAAAGAGAUUGUGCACAUCUGGCCAAGGGAAAAUAUGGAUUAAAAAAAUGUAGGGAUCACUUUUUUAGUCUGCUGAGGUUACGUCAGUCAUUGCACAGUGUUUUUUUAUUGCUCUCUCAUAGUACUCUCAUCUACCUUUGACAGUUAUAUAUUUCAGACAUAUGUAAUGUCCAGCUCAAAGGGUUAAGUGGAAUAAGAAAAAUCAAGUGCUCUUUUGGGAUUGCUUCCUUAUAAUUUUCAA